GUUGCGGCAAACGGAAUUGAUGGAGACUGCGUACAUUUUUUAUUGGAGGUUUGAAAAUACCAUUGGGAUGAGAAUAGCCUAUGGUUUAUGUCGUGAGAAUGGUGUGAUACUUUGCGGCACACGGCAUUGAGCACCGCGGGGUGAUUCGCCUCCUCUGUGGGUCUCUAUCAAUAUGUUCUCAGUUUGCGUCCGCCUCCAGGCAGAGCGCGUACAACCCUCAUCGAAGCAGCUACAGCCGCGCAUGGUCGCCAAUCUGUCUCGUUUAUGGGUCACAGCAUCAUUUUAGGCAGCCUUCACCGGAGGAUAGCCAACAUUUGGACAAAGCAGUCCCUUAUAGGAUUUCAAAGAACAUUUUACCGGAUAUUCUUUCAAAAAUAAUUAUUCUUUUUUUCAUUAUUUAGGCCAACGUUUCCUUACCAACUGGUUAUUUUGUCUUUCUUGAAACCCCAACGGCCAGUCUUUAAAUCAAUGAAAUGAUACGUCUGCUGUGCGGUCCUGCGCGUCAUCGGACACCUUGCUGGUUUUACAGGGCGUGGUGUUCAUGUCGUCCCGAUUCACAUUGUGGUGGGUGCAGAACGUCAUGUGAUGCAAUUAAUCCCUGAACGGCAGAUGGAUGGAUAGGCUAGACACUACCUCAGACACAGAUCAGGUGUUGUACUGGAGAGACACGUGUGCCGGCUAGACGCCACUAACAGCAAUGUGCUGUACAGCAAUCAAGACUGUUUCCUAAGCAGGUGUAAACAAUAGUAGUUAUCCAAAACACAUAUAUAGAGAGUGUGAACUUGACCCAAAAAAAUGACUCACUUGCAAGCCGGCCUGAGCUCCGAGACCACGGAGAAAGCUCGGCUGGAGCUCAACGAGAACCCCGACAGCCUCCACGCAGACAUCCAGCAGGUGCGCGACAUGAUCGUGACGCGGCCCGACAUCGGCUUCCUGCGCACGGACGACGACUUCAUCCUGAGGUUUCUGCGGGCGCGCAAGUUUAACCAGGCAGAGACCUUCCGGCUCCUGGCCCAGUACUUUCAAUUCCGCCAGCAGAACCUGGACAUGUUCCAGAGCUUCAAGGUGGACGACCCGGGAAUCAAGCGGGCGCUGAUGGAUGGCUUCCCAGGAGUCUUAGAAACACCGGAUCAGCACGGCCGGAAGAUACUCAUCCUGUUCGCCUCCAACUGGGAUCAAGGCAGGAACUCUUUCACAGACAUCCUCCGAGCCAUCCUCCUCUCCCUAGAGGUUCUCAUAGAGAACCCAGAACUCCAGAUCAACGGCUUCAUCUUGAUUAUCGACUGGAGUAACUUCUCCUUCAAGCAGGCUUCCAAGCUCACGCCCAACAUCCUCAAACAGGCCAUCGAAGGCCUGCAGGACAGCUUCCCUGCUCGCUUUGGUGGGAUCCAUUUUGUAAACCAGCCCUGGUACAUCCACGCCAUGUACACCAUCAUCAAGCCUUUCCUCAAGGACAAGACAAGGAAAAGGAUUUUCCUCCAUGGGAACAAUCUCAACAGUUUACACCAGUUAAUUCUACCCGAUUGUCUGCCGUCCGAGUUCGGUGGCACGCUGCCGCCCUAUGACAUGGGCAUCUGGGCGCGGACCCUCUUAGGGCCCAACUACAACGACGAGACGGAGUACACACUCACCUACGACGCCCUCCACGUCAAAGAGAACUAUGGUGGCGGAGACAAGGAAUGUGCCGACAAACUUCUGAAAAGGUCCCAGUCAGCCGUGGAGCCGGGUACCCUACGACAAGCAGACAGGGAGAACACGGCACAGCCGCUCCUGGCUCUGGACUGAUCUCUCCUGUCUGUCCACACUGGAUCCAAACCCCUCUCAUUAGGAUUCCAACCUCACUGACUCCAAAACCUAAAUCUGAACUUUGAGAAAGUCCAAAACGGACUGGAAAAGGAGACUCUAAACCCUUGUUCACAUGGAGCUGCUGUACUGGAAACCUCUCAUCUCUUGACUCUGAGCCAGUGGCAGUUUCAGUUCAGGACCUUCAAAAGCAGUGCCAUCUACUUUCACUGGCAAACCUGUCCGUCACCAGCCAUCCAAAUCAAUGCUGAUAGGAGUAGAAUGAUUAAACGAAUGUCAGUGUUACCAGUACCACUAGGAGGGACCGACUGACCGAGUUAAUGUCAAAAAGUCUCGAGAACAAAAUGCCAAACUGUAUCUUACUGUUUUAGGGGAUGUUGUUUCUAUGAAAGUCAAUAUAUUUCAAGAUUGUAUAUUUAUCAGGGCAACUGCACUAUCAGUAUGACCGUCGAACUGCAAUGUAUUUAAGUAAUCUUUAAAAGAAUGUAUAGAAAAAGCAUUUUUAGUUGUGUGUGAAUGUUCAGGUUGUCAUUGAAAAUCACACAAAGGAGUAGAAUUUCAAAUGAGAGGAAUCAGAGUUACAAUAUACAAAUGAAGCUACCUAUGUAUUUAAUGAAACUACACAACAUUCUGAUCACUUGACACCAUUUUGACCAUUGUUUAAUUUACUGAAAAAAAGCUUUACAUAUAUUCAAUGCAACUGAUUACAACACACAAAAUAGAAUUGAAAGAAACAUGACUUACUUGGCAGGCCAGUUACAACAGUUGGAACAGCUCAGUGAUUUCAACACCAUAGAAGUAUUAACUUCAUAUCUAAGAUGAGUGAUAGCAAUUCAUAACAGAGGACCAUAAAAGGUGUAAUCUCAAACGAUGUGGCUUUGUGAAGGUGCUGGAUUUGUUACCCUUGUAACUAAGGGAAUCAUUUGAAGCAUCGAGGAGAUAGCUUGAAUGUGUCAUCGUCAUAACCCCAAGACACCAAUGUCCAUGACCAUGUUGAAAGGCAAUCCAAUGAGCCUAAGGUUUUGACACCAUCCCAUUGGAUUAUGAUGUGUUCACAUGCUCCUCUGAAGUAGGGGAAAAAUUAUGUUACCCAAGUUUCCUUCACAUAUUUCCCACUUGGAAGCUCAUUAUGAACGGUUUGGGACCUCAAACUCGUAGUUGUGACGAGUCCCUGGGAUUGCCAAGAAUUUGUCAGUACCGAGAUUCUAAUACCACAUGAACGCUGCAUAAUACCACCGGUCUGAUUUGGACAUGAUAUAUAUGUUUUAUUCCUGCAGUGAAGCCGACUACCAAUGUCCAUAGAGAAUGAUUAAAUAACAUAUCUAGAAGAAUAUGCUUUGCCAUUUUUAUUUUGAAAAUCAACAACAUUGGUCAGGCAAAGCCCCUCUAAUCAGCUCUGCUAUUCAUGGAAUGGAGCAGACAUGGGUCCAAUACUUUCAAGUAUAGCCUAUGCUUGAUUUAGCCUGGGGUUCUCCUUUUAGGGACUAUUCCAUUGGUUCCAUUGUACAAGGCAAACUAAAUUAAGCCCAGCGGAAGUAUUGGGAAGUAUUUGACCAAGAUAUGGAAUGCCGUGUCUUGCAUACAUUCAACAUGCUCCUGCCGAAGUUUUACACAGGGAAAUUGUAAUUUUAUAAAACAUAAAAUGUUUAUGUAUCUGACAAAUACAUGCCUUCAGUCACAUGUUCAUAUUUGACACAUUUAAGAAUGUAAAUACACACGUUGUAAGAUUUUAAAUGACAAAGACAAGCCUGUUGAGUAGAAUGUUUGUGUGCGCUCCUAGGUCAAGGCGCAGUUGAAAAUAGUGUAUAUUGUUAGCGUACAAAAAUAAGAUGUAUCAGUCAAGGUUCUUGGCAAUAUUAAUUCUGCAAUAAAAACAUUCUUGGCA